AUGGAAGACCAAGUUCCUUUUAAAGUUUAUACAUACUGGACUGAGAAUGGCAAGCCAGAAGUCCGAAGAUUUGGCGUAGAGAAGAGUGUUGUCACCAGCUUUCACUAUCUGAAUGCCAAGCUCCAGGAUGUGUACCCUGGUCUCAAAACGAAGACCUACUCCGUAGCCUGGACAGAUGAGGAUGGCGAUAAUGUUGUUAUUUCAUCGGAUGAUGAAGUGAUGACUGCUUUGCAAGUGUUGGGUGGAGAUGUCAUCAGGCUGUUUGUCUACUGCAAGUCCGAGGAACCUAAGAAUGAGGGCUGUGAUAUUGUAUUCACAGCUGUAGCUGGCAAUCCUACUGAAGCUCCGGGUGCCCCAGCAGUUCACUAUGGAGUGGUGUGCGAUUCAUGCGAUGGUUCCGUUGUCGGCUUCCGCUACAAGUGUUCCAUCUGUGAUGACUAUGACUUGUGCUCAAGAUGCGAAGCCGCAGGCCGUCACCCGGAACAUUGCAUGAUCCGAGUUCCAGCGCCGGCCAUGCCUCGCACUAUCAUCAAGGCUGCGAUCAAACGGUCUCGCCAUUUCUUGAAGUCUGUUGCUAAUGCAAUGGGCGAGGACUGCCCCUACAAGAAACAUCGCAGCGAAAGGGGUUCUGAGAAAAAGCACCGCCAUGGCCACGGCGGCCACCACGGCCCACACGCCGAGCGCGGGCCGCACCACGGGCCGCACGACGACCACCACCGCCGCCGCACUCGCGUCAGCUGGCUCGACACCUUUGCUACUUACAUGAACGAGUUCGCCAAUCUCGCAGGAGAUAUUGAUCUCGAUGACCAUAAGCCAAAGGCCCCUGAAACUAAGACAGGUACUGGAACUCAGGGACAGACAUCCGAAACGCAAGCUCAAACUCCUCAAGAGAGCCAGGAGAAAGCACAGCCAAGCACCCAAUCAACUGAAGCUCCUAAGCAACCAGAGCCAAGUACCUCUGCAAAUGCUCAAACUCAAUGCCCAUUCAAUACACCUAAGGCAUUUAAUGUUGAUCAACUUAUGGAGCUAGUAGAGAUGUUUAUUGGAAGAAUGGCAAUCCAUUUGUGCCCCCAGCACCUCAGGCUCAACCUUCAGCACCUGCUAAUACUACUGCCCCCACAUCAACUCAAACUAAUGAUGUGGAAAUGGGACAAGGAGACAGGAAGUCGCCUGAGACUGUUGAUGCUCCUGCUAAGCCAACAUCUUCUUCCGCAUCCAGUGUUAGUGAUUACGCCAGGGAUGCUUCACCAGACAAGGCUGAUGACUGGACCCUGAUUAACAAGGAAAAAGAUUUGAUGGACACGGCUAGUGCACUGCCCGAAACCCCUGCUCCCAUCGGCUUCAACUUGCCCCAAGAGUUCCAAGAGCGCGUCAAAAUCGCCGAAGGUGGUUUGUACCCACCACUGAACACCUCAACUGCAGAGCCCGAAGUGCUGAAGCAGUCCCGGCGAGUGCUCCACCCGCGCCGGCCGCAGCCCCCAAGCCGCAGGAGAAACCUGCUCCUACUCCUGCACCGCAACCCCAGCCCCAACCACAGCCUAGGCAGCGCCAUCCAAAACCACAUAUUGAUGCGGCAAUCCAGCAUAUGCUGGCUAUGGGCUUUACCAACGACGGCGGCUGGCUGACUCAACUACUUGAGAGUAAGGAUGGCAACAUCGCUGCAGUGUUGGACCUUCUUACACCCGUCAAGAAGUAA